GGUUGAGGCCAAGGACCCCCUCCCGACCCUCCUGCUGAGGGCGCCCCUCGGCUUUCCCGCGGCCCCAGGGCUCCUGCCGAACAGCCCCAGACUCAGUCCCCUCAAGUCGGGGACCCCCCCGCUCCUUCUAAGGAGGAGUGGACACCUGCCGCUGUCUCCCCCAAACGGGGAGUCUUCUCUGUGCCAUCUCCUCACGCCCACACAGACGGCGGAUUGCUGCACGAUCCGGUUUGCCCUGUUCCUAACUCCAGAACCUUCUGACCUCCGCUAGUUCCUACUGGCUCCUGCCCCUCGCCCCGUCCACGCUCCCGGGGAGACAUCCCUCCGCCCCACACAGCCUGGGCCUGGCUGGGGGCCUGCGGGCCGCUUCCGGACCACCUCCUCUCUUCGCCGCCCCUCCCUCUCUGUCUUCGGACCCUCGGUCCCCUUGUCACCUCUUGGAGCCCCCGCCUAACCAGGGGCCAGUGGGUACCCCCUACCAGAAUGUGAGCCCCUUUAACCUGUAAUGCUGUGGCUGGUCCUUGGUCCCUUCCAUGCCAUGGAGAACCAGGUGCUGGUGAUUCGCAUCAAGAUUCCAAAUAGUGGAGCGGUGGACUGGACAGUGCACUCCGGGCCGCAGCUACUCUUCAGGGACGUGCUGGAUGUGAUAGGCCAGGUUCUGCCUGAAGCAACAACCACAGCAUUUGAAUAUGAAGAUGAAGAUGGUGAUCGAAUUACAGUGAGAAGUGAUGAAGAAAUGAAGGCAAUGCUGUCAUAUUAUUAUUCCACAGUAAUGGAACAGCAAGUAAAUGGACAGUUAAUAGAGCCUUUGCAGAUAUUUCCAAGAGCCUGCAAGCCUCCUGGGGAACGGAACAUACAUGGCCUGAAGGUGAACACCCGGGCAGGACCCUCUCAACACAGCAGCCCAGCAGUCUCAGAUUCACUUCCAAGCAAUAGCUUAAAGAAGUCUUCUGCUGAACUGAAAAAAAUAUUAGCCAAUGGCCAGAUGAAUGAACAAGACAUACGGUAUCGAGACACUCUUGGUCAUGGCAACGGAGGCACAGUCUACAAAGCAUAUCAUGUCCCAAGUGGGAAAAUAUUAGCUGUAAAGGUCAUACUACUAGAUAUUACACUGGAACUUCAGAAGCAAAUUAUGUCUGAAUUGGAAAUUCUUUAUAAGUGUGAUUCAUCAUAUAUCAUAGGGUUUUAUGGUGCAUUUUUCGUUGAAAAUAGGAUUUCAAUAUGUACAGAAUUCAUGGAUGGAGGGUCUUUGGAUGUAUAUAGAAAAAUUCCAGAGCAUGUCCUUGGAAGAAUUGCAGUGGCUGUUGUUAAAGGCCUUACUUAUUUGUGGAGUUUAAAGAUUUUACAUAGAGAUGUGAAGCCCUCCAAUAUGCUAGUAAACACCAGAGGACAAGUCAAGCUGUGUGAUUUUGGAGUUAGCACUCAGCUGGUGAAUUCUAUAGCCAAGACGUAUGUCGGAACAAAUGCUUAUAUGGCGCCUGAAAGAAUUUCAGGGGAGCAGUAUGGAAUCCAUUCUGAUGUCUGGAGCUUAGGGAUCUCUUUCAUGGAGCUUGCUCUUGGGAGGUUUCCAUAUCCUCAGAUUCUGAAAAAAAAAAAGACCACACUUUUUUGGAGCAAAGAAGAGAGAAAAGUUUGAUACGGCAAAAGACUAAAAUCCUUUCUGAAAGGCUAAUGAACCUAAUGGACUCCUUGGCCAGACCUUGUACCAUUAGGGAAGAGGUUAAUUUUGUGAGUCACAUUGGUCAUUUUGAAUUGCAAUUCGAAGCCCCAGCUUUUCUCACAAAAUUCAGGUCUAAAUAUUAAGACUCAUUUGUUUGCCCAGGGGAUGAUUUACUCUGGCGGCUGUACACACACCUGUGUGGAGGAGGACAUGAGUUGUGUCAGUUUUAAAUACACAAGGAUAAAAGGGCAUAGCCUGGCAGUCGGGCCCUUUUCUUUCCUGCUCGCUGACUGGCAGACCCAGUGAAUGAAUAAUGUUAAUCCUAUACCUGGAUGCGCCAGCCGUUGUGUCUUGUGCGAAAAUGCACCGUCCUUGGUACUCAGGAAGCAGUAAGAGCCAAGUGAUCUAAUUUAUGGCUGUGAUGAUUUUCUGUCCGGUCCCAUCUGAGCUGUGCCCUCCUCUAGGCAUCUUAUAAGAGCCUUUCAUCCCACCCAGCUGUUUGUUAAAUUCCAGGAUGGCUGUUUUCAAUUCUCAGAACUGGUCACUCCUGAAUGCAACACCCUGGCUGGAGUCUGAGAUGUGGGGCGGAGAGAAGGGGCCAGUGAGUGGAUCUUAGCUUGUGGGAAUCAUAGCGGCUUUCUUGCGCCUUACUGAGUCGCCCCUUACAAAAUCCUCCUGUGACUUGCUUUUGGUUUUGUUUUGUUCUAUACAAGCUUUGCUAAUAGACUCAGGCAUGUUAGGAACUUGAACAGAGGACAGAGGCUGAUGAGCAGGGGAGACAGGAUGGCACGAGCAAAUUACACUUUUCCAUUUUGUAUUCUUAGAAAUAACAUAUAUUAUUCAUUUAUCUUGGCUCAUGAUGCAUUCCUGUCUAAUAACAUCAGUUUGCCAAGAUCCCCAUUUGUAGUUAGCCACGGUAAAUUUUGUUCUGUUCCUUUUCGAAAACAAACAAACAAAAACCAGUCCUUUGUUUGGGAACUCAAGUUAGUGGGACUAAGCAGUGUGUAUUCAGUUUGCGGUCAUGUGGAAGUGAUUUUUUUUUCUCUCUCUCUCUCUCACUGAGGGCUUUUUGAGAUUUGGGCACUUUGAUUUUGCAAGUUAUGAUGGAGUAGAGAAGGUACCACCCUGAAUUCUAGCACAGUGCCAGAUACAGUCAGAUUGAAUGCCCGUGGCAGGUCCCCCUCAGGUAGGAGGAAAGUCAUGGGGGCUGAAGGGGCAGCUCUGCGGGGGUUGGCGGCGAGCAGGGGUUAGAGGGACAUUUGAGCCCCUCUAGCUCAUCCUUCACUUUGUAGACAAGAGCCAUAAACCUGGUGAGGGGAGGGAGCUUCUGAAGCCACGGGGGAGGGAGCUGGAAUCCCAAGGAUCUUUCCAACUCCAAAGUUGAUGCAUUUUCGCCCACACUAGGCAGCUCCCUCGCCAGCAGUCAGUUCUAAGCCGGGUUCUCUCUGGGGCACUGCUCCCCUCUGAGCCUCAGUUUCCCUAACAGCCAGAUGACUAGAUUAAACUAGAUCUUGGAGGUCCCAUCCACUUAAAAAACAACAACAAAAAAAAUUUAGGUCAUUAUUCUUCAUUUAGAAUAUAAAAUCUCAGUCUGCCAUAAUCCCUGCUUGUAUCUAGGCAGAGUUACAGCUUAAUGCAUCUGAUUUGAAAAGAGAAUCCCUGCCAAAUAGCUAUAGUUCCUAAAAUUUGAGGUUUAAAAGGAAAAUAGAGUUCAACACUGAAAGCUAGAAUGCGAUGCCAGUAGCACAGCAAAUAAAAGCGAUAUUCUUUUAAAAUUCCAACCUUAUGAUUUAAUUUUAUAUUUCUUUUUUUCUGUGGAAGAGAAAAUAACACAAGCUUGGGAAGCAGUAAAUAUGUAAAGAGAAAAUUUGUCAACUGAUAUUGGAAGAUCUGACCCAGGUCACACAUAAAUCUCUCAGACAAGAGCUGCAGGGCAAGCCAUCAUUUCAGAGAGUAAAAGAGAAGAUGAAGGCUGUAGCCGGUGACUUCCCUAAGUUGCACAG